GGGUCGGGAAAGGCAAUCUUAUUGCCGACUAGUUUAUGAGCCAGAGCCACGGCUUGGCGGGGAGUCGGUGGCACACAGAAUCUGGGGGCCGUCCAGGAAGGGUCCAGCCUGAAUGUGCACCGGGCCGCGCCCCGCAGCGCGGAGCAGCUCGGCGGCACGGUACGGCAGGUUGUUCCGGGGCUUCUCUCCGAGCCUCCCCACCCUGCAGAAAUACCGCUGCCGGGACAUCUACCAGCUCCAGACCCACUGCGGCCCCGAGUUGGGGGUUGGGGGCGCAGGAGGAGGGGCACACGGGGCUCGGGCCCGGCGCGGGGGGCGGGUCCGAGGCGGGGGGCCCAGAUCGGGAGCCGCGCGCCGGGGCCCAGGCAGCUGCGGAGCGGAUCGCAGCCGGCGGCGGGACCGCCACAGCCCGACCGGCCAUGAACUCGGGACCCGAGCCCCGGACACCCCGGACACUCUUUAGCAUCGCAGACAUCCUAGGCCCGCGCAUGGUUCCCCGCGGACCUUCUACGUCUCCGCUUCCAGAGUCGAGCCCUGGUCCCACGUCGCCUCUGUGCGCGCUGGAGGAGCUGACCAGUAAAACUUUCCGCGGACUUGACGGGCACGCUCCGGAGUCCUCUGAAGGCCGCGCCGCCCAGGGUGCGCUGGGCCCUGGCCCCGCCGGCCGCAGACGCCGAAAGUCACGCACGGCGUUCACAGCGCAGCAGGUGGUGGAGCUGGAGCGACGCUUCGUCUUCCAGAAGUAUCUGGCGCCUUCGGAGCGCGACGGGCUGGCGGCGAGGCUCGGUUUGGCCAACGCACAGGUUGUCACGUGGUUCCAGAACCGGCGCGCCAAGCUCAAGCGCGACGUGGAGGAGAUGCGCGCCGACGUGGCCUCGCUGAGUGCGCUGGCCCCCGAAGUCCAGUGCCGCCUCGAGCUGCCGGAUAGCGCCCCAGGCCCCGGCCCCGGCCCGCCUGACUCCGGGCCCCACCUGUCAGAAGAGGAGAUUCAGGUGGACGACUGAAGGCAAAGCCGCCGCCAGCUCCGGGCUCUGGGGCCCCGGACUCCUCACCUCCGUGCGCCGCGCCCCGUCCGGGUUCCGGGGUGGAGGGAGGGUGUGGAUCCGGCCUCCUCCGGUUCACAGUCCAGACGCUCGCUUUUCCCAAUUGUUGAGAAUAAAAUUGAGACUC